UUUAACCUUUUACCUUGCAUCGCUUUUCCCGCCAGCGCCAAAUCUCCUCUCCAGUGUUUAGCAUCCCGAGAUCGAGAGAAGCGCGGCAUGCAGUUGUAAUGCUGUGGUAGUUAAGCGUGGUUGGGGGGAUCUGUAAGUUGCAAAAUUAUGGCCAAGCAAAGCAGCAUCUUCAGCUUUUUCGCUAAAUCUCCCCCAUUAAGGAGUAAGUCGAGUAAAGCUAGCAGCUCAUCUCCGGUUGAAGCGGAUCUUCCAUCUGUGCGCAAGUCUAACACUUCGCCAAAAGAAGGGGCGAAGGAGACGCCGGCUAAGCAGAACAACGGCCCCGCGAGUACAUCGUGUCCCUUCAGCCCUGGUGAUCUAGUAUGGGCACGUCUAGAAGGACAUCCAUGGUGGCCCUGCAUGGUGUACAAUCACCCUGUGUCUUCAGAGUACUUAAGGGGUCAGGGGAAGUCCCAGCGGGUUCAUGUGCACUUUUUUGAUGACACUCCAACAAGGGGCUGGGUCAGCAUCAAAUAUGUUAAACAAUACAACGGUUCAGCUGCUAGUGACUCAAAACCAGGAGGCACCUUCUUCAGUGGAAAGCCAGAGAUUCGCCGUGCAAUGUCUCUGGCAGAUGCUGCUAUGAAUGAUGAUAAAGAAAAGCGUUUACAGUUGGCUGUGUGCACCGAUCCGUCAGAAGAUGAAGAUGAGCCAGAAGAGGUCAUGGAGGUUGAUGAGCAGUCCGAACAUAGCGAAGAAGAAAAAGAGGAAGCACUUAAGCCUAAUAAGCGGAAAACAAGGCUCACUUCUAGUGGUCAACAAAAAGCAAAACGGAGACGGAUUAUUGUAGAAUCGGAUAGUGACCAGGAAAAUACAGAUGAUGAAUUUAAGCCAGAUGAGGCUGAAGUGAGCAGUGAAGAGUGCAGUAGUGGCGAAGAGGAGGUCAGUGAGCCAGAAACUGAACCUGAGACAGAUCCAGAGAGCCCUAUAAAACCAGUUAAACACAAAUCAAAACCUGCAAAGAAAACUGUUAAAGACACCCCUUUGGUGGGCAGUAGUCCUUUGCAGACUCCUAAAAGGUCUCCUGUAAUAGCAGCAAACACCAAGUCUAAACUUUCUGCCUUCUCUGCUCCAGAAAGCUUUGAAAGUCAAGCCAGCACUGGCACAUCCGGUAGCAGCGGUGCAACUGUCUGGGAUCAUGAGAAGCUAGAAUGGCUGCAGGAAGAGAGGAGAAAAGACUCCAAAAGAAGGAAGUCCUCUGACCCAGAUUUUGACCCCACAACCCUGUAUGUUCCUGAGGACUUCCUGAACAAAUGCACCCCAGGCAUGCGGAGAUGGUGGCAGCUGAAGUCUGAAAUGUUUGACACUAUUAUCUUCUAUAAAGUUGGCAAAUUCUAUGAACUGUAUCACAUGGAUGCUGUGACCGGUGUGAAUGAGAUGGGGCUCAUGUUUAUGAAGGGCUCCUGGGCACAUUCUGGAUUUCCAGAGAUUGGAUUUGGACGUUUCUCUGAUGUUUUGGUUCAGAAGAGCUACAAAGUUGCAAGGGUAGAACAGCUUGAGACUCCAGAAAUGAUGGAAGCUCGAUGUAAAACAAUGGCACGUCCGACCAAGUUUGACAAAGUUGUGCGGCGGGAUGUGUGUCGUGUGAUUACCAAAGGUACGCAGACCUACAGCGUUCUAGAUGGUGCUCCAUCAGAGAGUCACAGCAAAUACCUAUUGUGUGUUAAGGAGAAAGCCGAUGAGGAGUCCUCUGGCUGCCAGCGUACCUAUGGAGUUUGCUAUGUGGAUACAUCUGUUGGUAAGUUCUACAUUGGUCAGUUUGAAGAUGACCGACAUUGCUCAAGAUUUAGGACUCUCGUUGCACACUACCCACCAGCUGAGCUGCUUUUUGAAAAGAACAACUUGUCGACAGAGACCCGCAAAUUACUAAAGGGCUGCUUGGCUUCUGUUAUUCAAGAGGGUCUGAGUCCAGGCUCGCAGUUUUGGGAGGCUUCAAAAACGCUAAAAGUACUGGCAGAAGAAGACUACUUUAAAGAGAGCACCAAAGUUAAUGGCAAGUGUGAAGGUGGGUUGCCUCCAACACUCAAAGGCAUGGUCUCUGAGAGUGACACCUUAGGCCUCACUCCAAAGGAGGGCUAUGAGCUGGCAUUGUCUGCAAUGGGGGCUUGUGUGUUUUACCUGAAAAAAUGUCUUGUUGACCAAGAAUUGUUAUCGAUGGCUAACUUUGAAGAGUAUAUUCCUGUUGAUGUGGAGAUGGAUAAAAGUCAGACUUCUAUGAGCUUCUUUGCUAAGACUCGUCAGCGCAUGGUGCUGGAUGGUGUAACGUUAAGCAAUCUGGAGAUUCUGCAGAAUGUAACCACUGGGACCAUGGAAGGCACUUUGCUGGAGAAGUUGGACAGCUGUUGCACACCUUUUGGCAAGCGGCUCCUUAAACAGUGGCUUUGUGCUCCGUUAUGCAACACAUUUUCUAUUGGUGAUCGUCUGAAUGCGGUGGAAGAUCUGAUGGCUGUGCCAGACAAGAUGAGUGAGAUUAGGGAGCUUCUGAAGAAGCUGCCAGACCUCGAGAGACUUCUCAGUAAGAUCCACAGCAUUGGCUCCCCUCUAAAGAGCAAGGACCAUCCAGAUAGUCAAGCUGUCCUCUAUGAGGAGACUACCUACAGCAAAAGGAAGAUUGCAGAUUUCUUGUCUGCCUUUGAAGGGUUCAAAGUCAUGCAGACAAUCAUCAGUAUCAUCACUCCAGCUCUGGAUGGCUUCAGAUCAGUGUUACUGAAGCAGAUUGUCAGCCUCAGAGAAGAGACUGAGGAAGGCCUCUUUCCAAGUUUGUCAUCUGAGCUUAAGAGGUGGGAUACUGCCUUUGACCACCAGAAAGCCAGAAAUACUGGAGUUAUAACCCCCAAAGCAGGCUUUGACCCAGAAUAUGACCAAGCCCUUGCUGACAUCAAAAACACAGAGGGCUGUCUUCAGGAUUACCUGGAAAAGCAGCGCAAGCGGCUUGGCUGCAAAUCUGUUGUUUACUGGGGCACUGGCAAAAAUCGUUACCAGAUGGAGAUCCCAGAAAGCGUCACAGAGAGACACGUCCCAGAGGAAUAUGAGGUGAAGUCCACAAAAAAGGGCUAUAAACGCUACUGGACAAAAGAGAUAGAGCGGCUUUUUGGGAACCUGGUGAGUUCAGAGGAACGCAGAGAUGGGGCUUUGAAGGACUGCAUGAGGAGGCUCUUUUACAACUUUGAUAAGAACUAUAAGGAAUGGCAGAUGGCUGUCGAGUGUGUAGCUGUCUUAGAUGUGCUCCUCUGCCUUGCCAGCUACAGCCAGGGAGGCGACGGCCCAAUGUGCCGCCCAGAGGUAGUCCUGCCAGAAGACGGAGCGCUGCCAUUCCUUGAGCUACGAGGCUCGCGUCACCCGUGCAUCACGAAAACCUUCUUUGGGGAUGACUUCAUUCCCAAUGACAUUUUCAUUGGCUGUAGAGGAGAUGAUGAGUGUGAGAAAGAGGAAGAGCAGGCAUCUUGUGUGCUUGUGACAGGACCCAAUAUGGGAGGCAAGUCGACACUCAUGAGGCAGUGCGGUCUUCUUGUCAUCUUGGCACAGCUCGGCUGUUAUGUGCCUGCUGAAAGUUUUCGUCUGAGCCCCGUUGACCGGGUUUUCACCAGGCUGGGGGCAUCUGAUCGAAUCAUGGCAGGUGAGAGCACUUUUUUUGUGGAGCUGAGUGAGACGGCAAGCAUAUUGCAUCAUGGAAGCCAGCACUCGCUUGUCCUCAUUGAUGAGCUAGGUAGAGGCACAGCCACUUACGAUGGAACUGCCAUUGCCAGUGCCGUGGUCAGGGAGCUGGCAGAACACAUUCAGUGUCGCACUCUGUUUUCCACUCAUUACCACUCCCUAGUGGAGGACUACUCUCAUUACCCAGCAGUGAGACUGGGCCACAUGGCCUGUAUGGUAGAAAAUGAGUGUGAAGACCCAAGUCAGGAAACCAUUACAUUCCUGUAUAAAUUCAUCAGAGGAGCCUGUCCUAAAAGUUACGGAUUCAACGCUGCCAGGCUUGCCAGCAUUCCUGAGGAGGUCAUUCAGAUGGGACACAAGAAGGCCAAAGAGUUUGAAAGGAGCACAGUGUCACUAAGAGUGUUUAAGAAACUCUGUCUGCUUCUGGAGGAUCCUAAAGCGGAAGUGGAGCGAAUCAUUUCAUUAGUUAAGCUCGUUCACAAGUUGUAAGAAGGGUGGGAGGAGUGUUGUGGUGUUCAGUCACAAAAUGUUUUCACUACUCUAAUGAUCUAAUAAAGUUUAUUUUUUAAAAAAUGA